UCUGAAUGGUCACCUAACUUGAUUUCAGUUUCAACUGGAGAGCGGUACAGUUGAGACAUCCUUAGGAAACACUCCACAGUCUUGCUUGCAGUACUAGUCUCAGACAGACAAAAACACAGCCACGAUGUCUACUGGUCGACGUUGUCAGUCAUCACAUGGAUCAGCAGACUGUGCUGAUAUCCACUACGAUGAGCUCUCUAGCAACAAGGACGACUUCACCAUCAUCGACGUCAGGAACCCUGGCGAGAUCGAACACGAGGGUCACAUCCCCGGGGCUCACAACGUCCCCCUCCCCGAACUGGACGACGCCCUGAAAAUGGGCGACGACGACUUCAACUCCAAAUACGGCUUUGACAAGCCGAAAGAUGGCGACUCCAUCGUCGUCCAUUGCCAGAAGGGCUCCCGCGCCAGGAGAGCUGGAGACAAGAUGGCCAAUGCUGGGAUGUCAGUGAGGGUAUACCCCGGCUCCUUCGACGAUUGGAAGGCCAAGGGGGGUGAGGUCAACCCUGGCAAGCCCUGAAGGAGAAGGACGAGCUGGUGAAAGAGAGCAGGGGCAGCGUAUAGGGCAAUCUCUCCUAAUCAUUCCUUUAGCAAGAUAAACAGCCACUUAUUAACAGAACGAGCCAGACCACCACCGGCUUUGGUAUCCUUAAUUUAUGAAUUUAUGUCAGAAGAGAUGUGAGAUUUUUCUCUCGCUUCUCUUCUUCUCUGUUUUCGUUUGCAUUCCAUCUCGUCAUUAAUGUUAUUGACGUCCUUAUAUCUGCAACAGUUUAAAUCUACAGUUGUGCUUCUGAAAAGAGUCCACGCUCACUCAUUCUAGCUCGUGUUGUGCGACUCUCUACAACUGCAUAUCACUUUGUCUGCAAUGUUUUCGUCAAAGACCUUGUCUGUGGUAGUAAGGCUUUAUCAAUCUACAGUAAUUCAGCACCAUUGUCCUCGUAGUUCCUCAUUAGUGCACUUCAUUGUCAUUAAUUGAAGGAAAAUCAAAAUAAAAAACAAUAAAAUCCAAAAAAAGAUAAA